UUGUAUUAGGCCCAUGCCCGGUGCAGCCGAAUGUCAUAAAGUAAGACUGCAGAAGUUGAACCGACAACAGGAAAAACAGCAGAAGAAGGAGCAGCAGCAGCAGCAACACCGUUUUCCAAAGUUUCAUAGGCCAGAGAAUAUUUUCGCGAGUGCGCUCCGAUAUGUUUAAAACAAUGCAGUUGCAGGAAUGCACAUUAUGAAGCGAUCAUAACGUUUCAAGACAACGGUAUCUGUUUUGAAGUUGAGCUAUUCGCAAGCAUGGACAAUUAAUUUUGACUCUCUCGUGUUGUAUGCGUCGAAGGACCGGUGUUAUUCCUCUCGUGUGUCUGACCACCUCGUACCAGAUAGUAUGGUCCCUCCUGGUCUUGUUCAUAGCUUUUCUCAGACAUUUAAUCUCGCUGGUGGUCAGUUUCCUCUGCUGUGUUUUCGUCAAGGACGAAGUUUGGCAAUGACCAGGACAAUGGGUCGAAAAGCAAGUGCAAAUAUAAACGCUAGCGACAAUAAAACAACAGCAGGAAGUGAGGAAUUCAGUGAAAACUCAGACGUGUCCGUAGAUGUGCGCAGUGAGUUCGGCGUAGGAAAAUGCCGCCCUCGAUCACUGCAAUGUCUGUCGUCCAUCUGGGCGUUCGUCGGCUUCUGGAGCCCUUGCGCACUGUUUUUGAUGAGCGUUGAGCAGUACAUGCGCUCUCAGGUCAUCUCCUUGGAGAGAGCCUUCUCUCUCAACAGUAGCUCGCUCGGACUCCUCCUCAGCUUCGGGUCAAUCGGGAACAUGUGCUUCGUCCUGAUCGGAAGUCACUUCGGCAAGUUCUAUCACAUCCCGCGCCUGCUGUCAGUUUCCGCUGCUUUGACGGGCGUUAUUUUGGUAGGCAUUUCUCUCAUCCACGUCGGCCAACCCACUGCUCUAGAAGCUCCCCCGGCAGCAGCUGCGCAGGGUAAUGGCGUUGGCGGCGCUGGGGCGAUGGGCGGGUUUGCUGCCAUGUUUCAAAGCUAUCUCUGCAGGAAUACUUCCUCACUGGCGUUUAUGGGUUUGAACAGCUCUAUGGUAAUGGGAGGAGGAGGUGGUGGUGGCUUUCCUUCGCCCCAGAAACCUGACGUAAAAGUUGGUCUGUACGUGUUUAUGGUUUUGUUGUUUCUCACGGGGGCCUUCCGGUCGUACACAUUGCCUUUGGCGACUAACUACGUGGAGCUAAAUGGCGCCAAUAGAGGACAGUCUGGGAUCACGCUCGGCACCAUCGUGACGACGGCUGUGUUCGGGGCUCCUGUCGGGCUCCUCUUGGGAGGAGCUAUGAGCUCAACUCCUGUGGACCUCAGCGGUGAAAAGCAGAAUGACAAAAUCAAGCCAAAAAUAUCACUCAAAGAGACUGAAGAUUUGCCUCCUAAAACAAAAACAGAAGAAGCCAUACUGGACAAAUCCCCGCCUCGAGAUACGUCGCCGAAUGAUCCCGACCCCUCGUUGGCGGAAAAACUGAAAGUAGCAACACAACGAAGGACCUGGGCUGUUCGUGCGCCGGUGCGAAUCAAUUGUUUGUCUGUGGGGACGAUGGCCGCACGUACGUGUCCCCUUGUGAAGCUGGAUGCACGGGGCAGAUGAGUCUGACGUUCACCCAAUGCGGCAGAGUAGGCGCUAAUGGAACAGGCACCGUGUUCCCUGGUGUGUGCCCGGACCCUAACUGCGACUUCUUUAUCCCGUUUGUGGUUAUACUCAAUGUGAUGGUCCUCAUUGGCUCUAUGGGCUUUACGCCCAGGAUACUUAUGGUCGUAAGGUGCGUGGCAGACAAAGAUCGCUCUAUGGUGAACGGCAUUCUGAACGGGUUUAUCCAAACACUAGCAUCCAUCUUGAGUCCAAUUAUCUUUGGCGCCAUUUACGAUAAAGCCUGUGUGCUUUGGCCGCCAACGGGCGGAGCGUGUGCUCUCUACAGCAAGAAGGAGGUCGCCUGGACAUAUUUCGGCUCUGUGCUGGUCACUCGCGCCAUAGGCACGCUGUUCCUGGUGGCUGCGACCAUACUGAAGUACCGAAUUCACAGGAGAGAGCAACUGUUGGAUGCUGAAAUCAAUGUCGGAAGGAACAGCGAGGACUCGGGGGUGGAGUCUCGGAGCGAGAGCGAUUCGACGGAAGACGCACAAGGGGGCGGGGCUAGAGUGGAUUCAGGGGUGGAGCUUAGAGGCGAGAAUGACAGCACAGAGGGCGAGGUGGGUGAAAAUGGGCAGUAUUUGGAUCUGGGGCCGUCUUUUGUAGUGGAGGAGACAGAUGUAGACUCCGUGAAUGAGAGAGCGGACAGAGGGCUGGGAAUCAGUUUUGAAAGUGACGAUUCUGAUGUCAGAGGGGAGGGACAUGUCAGCGAGGACGAACCAGACUCAAAUAAAUGGCAGGACGUUCAUGGCGGUUGGGUGUUGUCUACCCGUCUGUGACAGGGUUCAGAAAGUGAGAGUGAUCUACCUUGACGGCCAUGUACUUACACUCAUUCCUCGUCCUCGUUCUG